AUGAAGGUGAUAGACUCUCAUGUUCAUUUGUAUUCAAAAGAGAAUGCUCUUGACCUCAGCUGGAUGACUCCAGAGAGUCCUCUUUGUGGAGAUCACCAGGUGGUUCAGUACGCGGAGAGCGUGAAAAACUCCGCCUAUAAGGUUGAAGGCUUGGUGUUUAUAGAGGUGGAUGUGAAAUACAGCGCAGACUGGAGAUAUGCAGUAAAGGAGUAUGGAUAUGUUGUUGACCAGUUUCAAUCUGCAAAAGAGUUCAAGGUGUUUGGUCUAAUCCCAUGGGCUCCAUUGAACGAAGGAGUACGGAGUUUGACCCAAUUUGUGGAGAAAUUAAAGGUGUCCAAGGGAGAAUUCGCAUUUCAAAAGUAUUGCAAAGGAUUCAGGUAUUUAGUUCAGGACAAGCCUUCGGGAACAAUGAUAAAGAGACCCUUCAUCGAGUCUCUAAACUGGCUUUCCGAUAAUGGAUUUGUAUUUGAUUUAGGGAUCGAUCUGCGAUGUGGAGGUUUAUGGCAGUUUGAAGAAGCCAUUGAAAUGUGCAAGCAGACAAGAUGUCGUUUAAUAGUGAACCACUUGACUAAGCCGGAUUACUACAACAUGGAUAUAGAUCAAGAUCGGUUUGACAAAUGGAAGCAUUUUAUGUCCGAGAUAAAACAGCACUCAGACUCGUAUAUGAAAGUUUCCGGAGGAUUUUCCGAGCUAUCACCAGCUCUUUCUGCCCGUAUCAAAGCGGGAAAGUUUGAAGUUGAUGAAGUUGUGGAUCUGAUUAACCCAUGGUUUGAAACAUGUUUGAAUUUAUGGGGCCCAGAAAGGAUGAUCUGGGGUAGUGAUUAUCCAGUUUGUACGAUCAAUGGGGGCGAAGUUGCUGUGGCUCGGUGGAUUGAAAUUACUGAAAAGUUAUUUGAUCGGCACGGAUUGACUCCGGAACAAAAACAGGCCAUUUACUACGACAACGUCUUGAAGGCUUACAAUCUUUGA